AUGUCGCCCAUCUCUGUCACAUUAUCCUGCUGGUUCUGUCUACUUCUCCUACCUGGAAACUGCCAUUACAACGUUGGCAACAAGCCGCAGGCUCGCGUUCCUACGUACAGAGACUCCUUGGGCCUGCCGCGGCUGGUGCGCGACGAUCCUGACUUCACGAAGAAGCGUUACGGAUUGAAAGGGAUCUCUGUCGUUGACUGGGACAAGGAGGUCGAUUCUCAAUGCGAGGAGAUCUCAGACCUGCCCCCGGAGUCGUCGCAGCCCGAGGACGUAACCUUCAACGUCUGGAGAGCCUUCGGCCACGCUCACAAAAGGUGCGGUGCGAUAGACCUGGAGGAUCCGGGAAGACUGAUGGACUUGGACAUCGAGAGUUGGUUCUUUGACAAGUGGACGGCGCAUGGGAACCAGGAGGAUGUGCGGGAGUGGAUGGACAAGAAUGCGACCAAGCAUGAGGAAUGGAAGAGAGUAGCAUCAGCAGGUGUGAAGCCGAAGUCGCGCCAUGAUGGUAAGAGUGCGAAGAGAAACAAAGAUCAGCGUCAGCAUCAUAAAGCCAAGGGUUCAGAUAUUUCAAGGAUUCGACGGAAACUGUUUGCUGAUUAG